UGCGUCCUGCUCUGACAUCAUGGAGACACUGAUAUGGCAAUGCUACUCUUGGAAACGUUCUAGUCUGUUUCAGACGGACAGCCUAAGUAACAUCAUGUCGUUGAGCUGGUCAGCAAAAGACCACAAGAGUUAUACAAAUCCACCCUCCAACCCAACCCAAGGGCUGAAGCGGCCACGGAAUGACACAGGGAACAAAGUGACAGUGGUGCUCGGUGCGCAAUGGGGAGAUGAAGGCAAAGGAAAAGUCGUCGAUUUACUGGCGACUGAGUCUGACCUUGUUUGCAGAUGUCAGGGCGGUAACAAUGCAGGCCACACAGUGGUAGUGGAAGGUACAGAGUAUGACUUCCACCUUCUCCCCAGUGGCAUUAUCAACCCCAAAAGCAUAUGUGUCAUUGGUAAUGGCGUAGUCAUACACCUACCAGGCUUGUUUGAGGAGGCAGAGAAGAAUGAGAAGAAAGGUCUCAAAGGCUGGGAGAAGAGACUAAUUGUCUCUGACAGAGCUCACCUUGUGUUUGAUUUCCACCAGGUUGUGGAUGGAAUUCAGGAGACCCAGCGACAAGCAACAGAGGGAAAGAUUAUUGGAACGACCAAGAAAGGCAUUGGACCCACCUAUACCAGCAAAGCAUCUCGCAUUGGACUGCGUGUCUGUGACCUGCUGGGAGACUUCAAAGAGUUCUCUACCAAAUUCAAGAACCUUGUCGCGCAGUACCAGUCCAUGUACUCAUCCUUGACAGUUGAUACUGAAACUCAGCUGAAAAAAUUGAAGGAGUAUGGAGAGAGGUUGCGGCCGAUGGUGCGAGAUGGAGUCUAUUACAUGUAUGAGGCUCUUCAUGGACCCCCAAAGAAAAUUCUGGUGGAAGGGGCCAAUGCUGCCCUCCUCGACAUUGACUUUGGCACAUAUCCUUUUGUGACCUCAUCAAACUGCACCGUUGGUGGGGCAUGCACUGGUCUUGGCAUCCCUCCCCUGAAUAUUGGUGAAGUGUAUGGUGUAUCAAAGGCCUACACCACCAGGGUAGGCAUUGGCGCCUUCCCCACAGAACAGCUCAAUGCGACAGGUGAGCUGCUGCAGACGAGAGGUCAUGAGGUGGGCGUGACCACAGGCAGGAAGCGUCGUUGUGGCUGGCUGGACCUGGUCAUCCUGAGAUACGCCCACAUGAUCAAUGGCUUCACUGCCAUUGCUUUGACAAAACUUGACAUCCUUGAUGUGCUGGAUGAGAUCAAAGUAGGAGUGUCCUACAAAAUCAAUGGCAAAAUAAUUCCCCAUUUCCCAGCUAACAUGGAGCUGUUGCACAAAGUGGAGGUAGAAUAUGAGACCUUCCCAGGCUGGAAGAGUGAUACGUCUGCAGCCAGGAAGUGGAAUGAUCUCCCCCAGAAGGCUCAGAACUACAUCCGCUUUGUUGAGAACCACAUUGGAGUACCCAUUAAGUGGGUCGGCGUCGGAAAGUCCAGAGAGUGCAUGAUCCAGAUGUUCUAGAGACUUUAUCUCUUCUCUCCCUAAGAUGGAUACAUAUGGAUGGACGAGAUGUGGCUUGAUGUGACAUAUUUUUGCAAACCUCAAACGAUCUAAUAUUCUGUAAAACCUGUUGCCAACAGAUAUGUGUAGCCUUGAAACAAUGUUGACUGGAAAUGUUGGUAACUUUACAUCUAUCUAUGCAGUGCUUGUCAUCAGUAAAUUGCCUUGUAAUGAUGUCUGCCAGAAAGUCCUAUGACUGACCCAGCUGUAAAUAUUACCUUGUGCCACACAACAACCCUGAAAGAAAAAAACAUAUCCAAUAACUUUUCCUCAUGAGUAAUGUUACCUGCCUUAUGUUUUCGGUCUUCUUUAGGGAUGGAUAGAAAUGUACAUAAUGGGUACCUAGAGGAAAAUGGGGGAGGGUCAUGCUUUUUCAAUUUCAGUCAAGGGGAGGGCUUAGUAUGUUUAAAAUCUAGUCUAGGGAAGGGUCAUGUAAUUUGUAAUUGAUGAAAUUUCAAUAUUUCUCAGUGUUUUAGAAUGAGUUGCUUGUUAGGCUGUACAUCGAUGUGUGCCCGAUGCCACACCUCAACCUUGAUUCUCCGCUGGGCGCGCAAUAUCAAGUGCGUCUAUAGGCUAUUUAGUGUGGUCUCAAUCAAAGGAUCCAUAGCUUAUAAGCUAUAGGCUACGAAUUGCAUGCUCGGAGAAGCACAUAGCAAAGUUAUAUUUCUAAGAUAGCUGCUGGGAUGAUGUAAAUAAAAAUAGGCAGCAUUACACACUGCAAUGGAUAUUCCAACCCAGAGCCCCGGCCUGCUCUGCUCUUGCUGAUCAAAAACGUUUUUGUGUGCUGCCUAACCAAUGGCUGUCCUGUGUAGGCCUAUGGUGGCAGUUCAGGAGGAGAGUCAAAGGCCUCUUCCAAAAAUAAAUUUAGAUUAGGCCUAGUCCAAAAAAUGCACUAUCUUGCGCGCAGACUAGCCUAUAGCCUAUGUUCUGUUUUGUUUGAGGAGGAGAGCGUGAAGAUGAUGAGGACCGGAGGUCAACUUUGUUACCUUGCUACUACUAUAACUGAUUUUAAUAAAAACAAUAUGUUUUUUGUC